GAACGGAAACUGAUGUCUAUUGGGCCUUUUCCAAUCUCCAUCCGUAGCAGCAUACAAUCAAGCAGCGCAGCAACUCCAGAUUCCAGCCAAGCAGACGCAACCAGAACCACCAUUGCAGCUCCCCUCAGCUCCGGCGAGGAAGUGUAGCAGACCAGCAGCUCCGUCUCCAGCACAGAGAUUCUUACCAGCAACAGGCGCAUCUUAGAAACGAAAUCAGCAGAAUCAGCGAAGAAAAUCAGUUUUGAACUUAAAAAGCGCGGUAAACAGGGGAAGGACUAGAUCAGACCCUAAGAUAUGGUGCAGUACAAUUUUAAAAAGAUCACCAUUGUGCCCAACGGGAAGGACUUUGUGGAUAUCAUUCUCUCACGCACACAAAGGCAGACACCCACUGUUGUUCACAAGGGUUAUGCAAUGUCCCGUAUCCGUCAGUUUUAUAUGCGCAAAGUGAAAUAUACUCAAACAAAUUUCCACGAAAAGCUUUCUACCAUUAUCGAUGAGUUCCCAAGGCUUGAUGAUAUCCACCCUUUUUAUGGGGAUCUGCUUCAUGUCCUCUAUAACAAAGACCAUUACAAGCUUGCCCUUGGGCAAAUAAACACUGCAAGGAAUUUGAUUUCUAAAAUUGCUAAGGAUUACUUGAAAAUGUUGAAGUAUGGUGAUUCGCUGUACCGUUGCAAGUCUUUGAAGAUUGCUGCUCUGGGACGCAUGUGUACUGUGAUAAAGCGAAUCACGCCCAGUCUAGCUUAUCUUGAGCAGAUCAGGCAGCACAUGUCAAGAUUGCCUUCGAUUGAUCCAAACACAAGGACACUUUUGAUUUGUGGGUACCCAAAUAGCUCUUUCAUUAACAAAAUCACAAGAGCAGAUGUGGAUGUUCAGCCCUAUGCAUUCACCACAAAGUCCUUGUUUGUCGGUCACACUGACUACAAAUACUUGAGGUAUCAAGUCAUUGACACUCCAGGAAUAUUGGACAGGCCGUUUGAAGAUCGUAAUAUUAUUGAAAUGUGCAGUAUUACGGCACUCGCUCAUCUUAGAGCUGCCAUUUUGUUUUUCAUUGACAUUUCUGGAUCAUGUGGCUACACUAUUGAACAGCAAGCUGCUUUGUUCCACAGCAUAAAGUCCCUCUUUUUGAACAAACCAUUGGUCAUAGUUUGCAACAAAACUGAUUUGCAGCCUUUAGAAGGGAUAUCCGAGGAAGACAAGAGGUUGGUCAUGCAGAUGAAAGAAGAAGCUAUGAAGACUGUGAUCGGACAAGGUGGGGAGCCCACAGAUGAUCAAGGAGUGCUUUUGACCAUGAGCGCUUUGACGGAAGAAGGCGUGAUUUCGGUGAAGAACGCUGCUUGUGAGAGGCUGUUGAACCAAAGGGUUGAAGUCAAGAUGAAAUCAAAGAAGUUAAACGACUGCUUAAACCGUUUUCAUGUUGCGAUGCCGAAACCUCGUGACCAAAAAGAAAGGCCUCCAUGUAUACCUAAGUCAGUGCUGGAAGCCAGAGCUAAGGAAGCAGAGGAAGUUGCAGAGACAGAGAAGAGGAAACUUGAAAGGGAUCAUGAGGCUGAGAAUGGAGGUGCGGGUGUGUACUCGGCCAAAUUGAGUAAGCACUACAUUUUGGCUGAUGAGUCCUGGAAAGAUGAUAUAAUGCCGGAGAUUCUUGAUGGGCACAAUGUGUAUGACUUCAUCGAUCCCGAUCUCCUGCUAAGGCUCGAGGAAUUGGAAAAAGAAGAAGGGCUUCUGCAGGAGCAAGGAGGUGAUGAUGAGUUUGAGAUGGAUGGUGGGCCCGAGCUGACACCUGAUGAAAAAACUGCACUGGCUGAGAUCAGGAAGAAGAAGAGCUUGCUGAUCCAACAGCACCGGAUUAAGAAGAGUACGGCAGAGAGUCGACCAAUAGUACCAAGGAAAUUUGACAAGGACAAAAAGUUUACAUCAGAGAGAAUGGGAAGGCAGUUGUCUAACCUGGGACUUGAUCCUACCUUUGCGAUCAACAGGGCUCGUAGUAAAUCAAGGGGCCGAAAGAGGGAACGAUCAGUUGUUGGGAUGGAUAACUCGAUGGAUGUGGAUGGUGAUGAGGAGACUCCAAAGAAGAAGCUGAGGGUGAUGUCAUCUAGAUCCAGGUCAAGGUCAAAGUCCAGGCCUCCAAGUGAAGUGGUUCCUGGGGAGGGCUUCAAAGACUCUGCACAAAAGUGUAAGGCUAUUAUUUUAGCUAAGAAAUCUUCGAAGAAGAGGAACAAGGAUGCUCGCCGUGGAGAAGCUGAUCGGACCAUUCCUAAUCUGAGACCAAAGCAUUUGUUAUCUGGAAAGCGUUCUAUUGGAAAAACACAAAGGCGUUAAGGGAUUUCAUCCAAUCCAGUAUUAUGUGAAGAGUACACAAGAAGUGUUCAAGAGUUCAGGAAAGCAUGUGGUGAUAACAAAUAGUGUGUGCUUGAAGUGAAGAUUAAGCCAAGGAUAUGAAGACAAUUAAAGAAGUGCUCAAGAGUUCAACACCGAAGACCCCAAGGCAUAGGUCUUUAGGUAGAACUCAAUGUAACAGAAAGUUAGCUUGGCUUUUGGCUCAACUUAAGUCAUUUUUCACAUGCAUAAAAACCAUGAUCUUCAAACAUGCAUCUUGCCCAGCCAAAACCAUCAAUUAUCGGUGCUCGGCUAUCAGUAU